UGUAGACAGUAUAGUCAGUGUUGGACUGUCAGUGCGCGCGGCAUGUAGUGUUGUGAUUGUGCGUGCGUGUGAGUGUACCAUCUACUCCUGCAAACAACUGUGCCAUAUCAUUGAACAUGAAGAUAUGGAGUGUCAGCUGCACAUUGGCCGUUCUGUUGCUGGUGGUCACGGCUCAGAGACGAGGCUCUCGAAGGUUCGAUCUCUCUCAGGCAUCUGACUCACCUGCAGAGGACGAGGAUGAAUUAUCAUCAACUAGGUCACAUAGAUUUGAGAGACAAAGACAGUCAGCUGAGCCAGAUAGUGAUAGAGGACCAAUAAGUAGAUCAAGGAGUAGAACAGUAGAAACGGAAGCUCAAGUAGACAGCAGACGGCCUGGGUCAAGGCAGAGAGAAUCAGUUGUUGACGACUCAAACUUAAGACAAGGAAGUAGAAGAGGGAAAGGACUGACUCUUAGGUCCCGCAGUGAGCCUGAAGAAGAAAACCACUUAAGCACUGAAAGAACAAGAAGUAGAACCAACAAGGAAGAAAGAAGAAACGGCUUUCCUUCAAGAUUGGACAGUGAUGUCAUCAGCCAUACUGAAUCAGCCACAGUUAGAUCUCAGAAUAUCAACAGUAGAUUUAGUGAUAAAGAAAAAACAAAAUCAAGAAAUGAAAACAAUUUUACCAGAAGUAGUCCAGUUGAAAGGAGGCCUUUGUUACCAAUCACUAGUAUAUCACCAGAAGAUGUCACUUUUCCAAGUAGAUCACGAUCCAGGCAGACCAAAGCUCCAGAAGAAGCUAUCACCUCUGAGCCUAAAGGAAAUUCAAGAAAUUUACAAAGAUCUUCGGAAGGUACUAGACUUCGAUCCAGAACUCUUGAGCAAAAUUUCCCCAGCAGGUCUUCAAGCAGAGGCACAACCAGAAGUCGUGUACCAGAAGUGACAAGUGGAACAUCGACUCCUUCAAGAACAAGAAGUGAAUUUUCACCUCUCCGUCGUAAACCCAUUGACCUGCCAGGGCAAGAUGUAGAGUCUAAAAUAUUCAGCAGAAGAAGAAAUUUAGCUGAAGAAAAAGUCAAAACAACCAUUGAUGAUAGUUCAAGCAAGACUGGUUUUGUAUCCGAUAAGGUUAAGUCCACUUUACCAGUGACUAGUGAAGGUUUCACUGAACUCCCUCUUUAUAGUUCAAAUGCAGGAACAGAAGAAGUAAUCAAUUCAGACAUUCCAGUGAACAAACAAAUAGAAAAUGUAGUUGACGCUUUACCAACUGCAUCAAACGAUGCCUUGACCUUACUACCUAAUGAAGUUCUUCAAUCAACCCUCCAUGCCAACGUCAGGGAUCGAUCAAAACCUCAAGAUUCACCGUUAAAAAACAAUGAUAAUACUGGUUUGACCAAGGCACUUCACGCAAGAUCCAGGGGACAAGAGAGACCUUCAGAGAAUGAGUCUGAAAAUGUAUCUAGAAGCAGAACAAGACAGAGAAGUAAAGAGUCUGAUAGUGAAUCUCGUAAGCCAACAAAUCGUGGAAGAAUCUCAACUUCAGAACCAGCUCAAGGAUUAUCAACAGCUAGAGAAAGAUUUAGUCCAAGAAGUAGAGGGAACUUAUCCAACAGAGAAUCGGAACAAAAAGAAGUUGAUGCAAGCAAUACAAGGACAAGAGCCCAAGUUAGAUUUCCAACCAGAACUUCUGCUGAAUCUCGAGGAAGUGCGGAGUCGAGUACUGAAGGUUCAACCGUAAACCGUGGCAGAGCAACUUCUGUGAACAUAGCAACUCCAACUGUUGAGUUGCAAACGGAAUCUUCUCCUAUAAGAUCUCCUUCAAGGUCAGGAGGUCGAAGAACUCUUCCUAAGCCGACAGCAGACUUAGAGCCAACAGCCAAACCUUCUCGAGGGAGAGGACAAGUCAAGCAAGGAAAAUUGAAUGACAAUGAGAAAGGCUCUGGCAGUGGAAAGGAUGAAGACGUCAGCGAAGAUGACAAUUAUCCCGAAGUUUACAAGCAGCUUAAGAAAGCCGGAAAUGGACCUAAAGAGAUUCUGGCUUUGCUGAAGGCGAAGAAAAAGCAGAGAGAGGCUCAGCAAGCUCAGCGCAGACAACAACAACAAUCAGCGACUGCCGAGGCAACUACUGCUGCAACCUUCUUUUCUGAUUUGAACACUGAAGAGGACAAUGUUAAGCCAUCUAUUGAGUCUUCACUGAGGCGAAGACCAUCUGAAAAGUUCAGCAGAGAAGCUGAGUCAAGUGCAACUGAAAGAAGUUCUUCUCGUUCAGCCAGUAGACAAAGAAGUCUCACUUCCCGUGGAAGUAGAAAUUAUAAUGAUCUUGGUAAAGCGGAAGAAGAAGUAUUGGUAAACACGCAGAGUGUUCGGACAGGAACGGACAGCAAGGACUACAAAAAACUAUUAGAGGAAAGAAAGAAAAAGUACUCAACAAUACCCAGAGAAAACGACUUUGAUCAAGACAAAGAAAAUGGUGUUGAAAUAAAAUCUGAAAAACCAAGUUACUCGAAGGAUUAUUUGAAAAGUUUGAACGAUCUCGGGCUGGAUCCUAAAACUCUGGGACCGACAGAACCGACCACAGAACGAGAGAGAUUUGUGCCAUCUUCGAGGAGAACAAAGUCUUACAGCUACAGAGCUAGCACUGAGCAAAUAAGCGAUGAGGUACUAAAUACAUCCACGUUCAAACCUAGGUAUCAACUGUAUCAAGCAAAAAAUAGGAAGAAAUAUUUAAAUAAGCUUGGUGGGAAAGAAAGUUUGGGAAGCAAAGAGGAAACUUCUAUUGAGUCCGUGUUGGAUGAAGAAGUAGAUCAGAAAGUGAAGAAGCUGAGGUUUGGAGCUUCCUCUCGUCCGCCAUACACCCCUCCCAGACGAGUUACAACCCCCCUCCCUCCGCCACGACUCUCAGCGCGACGCCCAGGCCGCUUCACCCCCAGCUCUAUCUCUGUGGCGUUUGACAAGCCUGAUGACCAAGAGCCUGUCACAAUCCAAGUUUUUGAUUUAGAAGCAAGAGCGCCAAAGCUAGAAUCAGCUAGUCUAGUGACUGAAGCAUCAUCUACGGCUAUGACUUCUUCAUCUGAAACACCGUCUAUGGAGGGUUCUUCUGAACAGUCUUCAUCCGAGGCUUCUUCAGAAGAUUCUUCUGUUGAGACGUCUGUUACAGAAUCGCCUUUGGAGAAUUCGGUUAUUGACGAUGAAACAGUCGUUCCUAUGUCCAUAUCCACCUCCCCGGCAACAACAACAUCAACAUCUACAACAACACAACCAUCCACAACCACGACAACAAUAUCUGCAAAAACAACAAUAUCGACAACAGUGAAACCUAAGACAACUAAAAUACCUUCAACUACUACAACAAAAAAGCCUGUAACAACCUCAACGACACAAAAGCCUACCACAACAACUCAAAAGCCUACCACAACAACUCAAAAGCCUACCACAACAACUCAAAAGCCUACCACAACAACUCAAAAGCCUACCACAACAACUCAAAAGCCUACCACAACAACUCAAAAGCCUACCACAACAACUCAAAAGCCUACCACAACAACUCAAAAGCCAACCACAACAACUCAAAAGCCUACCACAACAACUCAAAAGCCUACCACAACAACCCAAAAGCCAACCACAACAACUCAAAAACCUAUCACAACAACACAAAAGUCUUCAACAACAACAACAAAAAAGCCUAACACCACAACACAAAAACCUACAACCACUACAAAAGCUCCUUCAACUACAACCACAACGAGAAAACCAACAACACAAAAACCCACCACAACAACUAAGAAACCACCAACACCCACAACUCCAAAGCCAACAACCAAGAAACCAGUCUCAGACAAAACCCCACCAUCUGCUCCAAAACCACCCCAACAACAGAAGCCUCUGACAUCAUCUACCUCAACAACAACAACUGAAGCUGCAACUACUGAGGAUCAGUUAGCGGCAAGAUCUAACUUAGUACAGAAGUCUGAGGUAUCAACAGUUCCGGAAAUGAUCUUAACUUCAGCGCAGACGCUUCAGCCAUUAACUUUCACCAGCUCCCCCAGCAGCACUAAUCGUCCACAAUCCGAGAGUUCCUCAGGCUAUGUUGCUUACGCCCUUUUGCCAAACAACACCUUAGUAAGACGGGUGUCUGCUAGAUCAACGACGCCCCCAACUGAAGUCCCGUUUUUUGUUUAUGGACUCUAUCCCAACGGUACAAUCGUCAGGAAGUACCCCAAUGGUACAGUAGUACCUGAUGAUCCAUCACCAGAGUCAAACGAACUGGUAGCUGAAGUUGAUCCGUACAAUAAGAAGGAGCUGAGCGACAUUCUGGAACGUGAUAGACCUUUAGCGUAUCUCUACCCGGCCACUUCCUCAACAUCCUUGACUCCAACCUCUAUGGCUUCAACUGAAGCAACAAGCACCACUAUUUCUUCCACAACAACAACCACAGAAUCUACAACCUUUUCCACUACAACAACUACUACAACUCAAAAACCAACAACCACAACUAAAAAGCCAACAACUACUACCAAAAAACCUACACAAAAGCCAAAACCAAAAGCCGCUACAACUCAAAAAACUGUUACCACUAAAGCUACAACAACUUCUACUUCUCCCACACCAAUCACCACCCAACAGACUACCACUACCACGACAGAAAUACCACAACCAUCACCAACUACAACCACGACUCCGGAACCAACAACCACUCCUCAACCAACAACAACCACUCCUAAACCCACAACAACUCUCAAACCAACAACACCUAAGCCUACUACUCCCAAACCAACUACUCCAAAACCAACAACUCCCAAACCAACUACUCCAAAACCAACAACUCCCAAACCAACUACUCCUAAACCAUCAACCCCUAAACCAACUACUCCAAAAAAACCAUCAACUACCACGCCCACUACCACUACUACGACCACCACAACCUCAACUACAACGACAACUACGCCUUCUACAGCUACAGAAAAAAACAUAGAACCAAUGAUUGUAAGUGGUGUGGAAUCUGCUUUAUCUUCUCCAUCUUCUCCAAAAUCUGAGACCAAAGAGAAUGAUGAGGACUGUGAUAUUUGUGGUGAUGAGGUUUCUUCUUCUUCUAAAGCCACCCCUUCUAAUGGUCUUUCCGAAGAUGAUGUAGCUCUUCUUAAUAAUUUGUUGAGACUCCAGCCUAGCGACUCAGAGCGCAGCGCAUCUGUUGAUUCUUCUUCUUCUCUCCCACCCUCUGGGCCUGAGGAUGAUGAUAUAGCAAAUAGGAUUAUCCAGCUGGCCAUAGAGCGAGCUCAGUCCACUACUGCCAGCCCCGUAUCUGUCUCUGUCUCAACGGACGGACUUGAUCUCCAACAACUGUCCUCCAGUCCUCAACCGAGUUUUGAGCGAGAUGGCAAGAGCAUCGCUCCUCCUAUGAUGGACUCCAUGGCUGUCGAGACCUCACCUCCACCCAAACCUGGAGGGAAAAUCUCCCUUUGGGUUGUGCCUGAAGGGGAAAAUGAACAAACUACAAAGGCUCCACAGAAGCUUUCUCCAGAGGAAGAGCAAGUUCUAACAGCACUCUUGGCAGCUCCUCAGUCUCCCAGCUCUAUCAGUGUCAGGGAUCAGCUGUUGCUUGCUGAGCUGCUGGCUGCCGGUCAAAACAACAACCAAGGAGGCCAAAUCUCUACAACAAAGAGGCCAAGAAAGAAAAAGAGGCCUUCCUCCACUCCACCUCCUCCCCCUCCACCUCUAUCACCACUGGCAGCCCUCUUUGGAGCUGGGGGAAGAGGAGGAGGAUUGUUUGCUUCUGGAGCAGCACCACCCACAGGAUCUGGAGAGGAAGGAGAUGCUAGUGCUCGACCCCAGCAAGGAGGACUUCUGGUCAAUGCAGCUAUAAACAUCACUCGGGCUGUCUCGCAGUUCAUGGGGCUGGUGCUGCAGAGUGCUGCUCAAUCCUUCUCAACUUUCUUGGCUUCUCGAACGCGGAACUUUGCCGACUACGUGGCUCGUGGAGGAGCCAUCAGCUGAGCUCAGCAGCACCCUGGUGGUUAACCUACCAACUAGUCAACCCUCAAGCAAAGUCACAGCGUGUGUUCGACUUCCACAAGAACUUGAAAACAUGAUGUGAAUGCUUCACUCGAAAUGUGAUGAAUCCAUUCACCCCCAUUCUUCGACGUUGGAUACUUUCUUAUGUAUCCAUAUAUUCUAAUUCCUAAAUAAUAGAAUUGGAAGAUUGAAUGUUUUAGUUAAUAUUUAUUAAUAUUAAAAUAGUAUGUUCAUAACAUGAAAAACCAAUAUCAUUGUCAUUUUCUCACAUAUGAAAUUAAUAUUUUCUCCUCACCCGAGAAAAAUCAAUGUCGCUAAAACACAGUAAUCAGAAUAUUAUAACAAUUUUAUGGAUAUUUCAGCUAAUAGCAGAUCGAGUAGAGAAGGCUGAAAAAAGUUAAAUUUGAGACUUUGUGUAGAAAUAAUUAAGUAUACAAACAAAUACUUUGAAUAAAAUGAAACCACUGCUCUCUUCAGCAGUCUGAAAUAUAAAUGUGUAUAUUUUAGUAUAGAAUGUGGUCUACUGUGUCUCCUUUAGAAGUUUUAAAUACUAUUUUGUACAUUUAAUUCCUUUUGUAUAUACUUAAGUUUGUGAAUAUAGCUUUGAGGUUUUGUAAAUAAAAUAGAAAUAAACAAAUUGUGUAAUCA